GAAAGAAAAACAAACAAAAUUAUCAAAUCAAAAUUUGUGAUACAACAAUGUACGCACAACAACAUUAUCAUUAGCCGAAAAAAUGUUUUUCGAAUUUGAAUCAUCAUCUAAUCAGCCUACAAAAGAUUCAUCUUUGGCACAAAAUUCUAUUAUAAUGGCAAAAAAAAUUUCAUCAAUUUCACCAUUGGCAAUUGAUUCAUCAAAUUCGUUUCUUAAUCAUCACAUAUCACCAUUUUCAUCAUCAUUAUCAUCAUCAUCAACACCGACAAGACAUCGAAGAUAUUCAAUGCAUUCGUUUGUAUCGACAACCGGACAAAACCAGCAACAACAAUCGAAUGCAUUAGGAACAUUGCGAGAAAAUAUUCCCGCAAGUAGUAAUUGUGAUUUAGCUUUGAUUACGAAAAAGAAAUUAAUGAUUUUAACUGCCAAUGGUGGUUCGACAUCAAUAUCCACUAAUUCACCCUUUUCAUUAUCAUCAUCAUCAUCAUCAUCAUCGGGUAUUUUAAAUGGAUCAUUAUCGAAUAAAUUAAAAUCAGCUGAUGAAGGAUUCAUUGAACCUGAUGUUAAACUGAAUCAGACAUUUACAAAACGUAGUAAUAGUGAUCUACGGAAAGAAGUUUUACUUGCUUCAAUUCAAAGAUCAUUAUCGGCUAGUAGUGAAGAUUUGUUUGCAAUAAAUAAAACAUUAAAUCAAGAAUCAUCAUCAUCAUCAAUGAAUACUGAUAGUUUGAAUGAUGAUGAUCCUAUGGAUCAAUCGAUGAAUACUGUAUCGCAAUCGAUUACCAUUCCAAUGUUGAUACAAAACAAUCAAAAUAAUAACAGUAGUAGUAGAUAUGGUUCAUCAUCAGCAAUCUAUAUGCCAUCGGAAACACAAAUUAAUCAACGUUCACCGACAACAUUUACAUCGACUUUAUCGAUGGCUGGAUCUAUUCGAAACAAUCAUCAAUCAUCACCUAGUUGUAAUUAUCAAUCAAAUAAUCAAAAUCAACAGCAGCAACAACAACAACAACAAUCGAAUAAUGUAUCUAGAUUGAACGAUAUGAUGAUGAUGAUGGGUGGUGGUAGUGGAAAUCUACCAUAUUAUAGUCGUGGUAAUUCCUCAAUGUUAUCAUCAUCAUCAUUAUCACAAUCAUCACCAUCAACAUCUAUGGCAAAUAUUUGUCAAACAGUACAAUCAUCACCAUCACCAAUGCGUACAUCAUUGAUGAAAAAACGUAUGUAUUCCACAUCACCUUCGAAACCAUAUUCACCACCAUUAUCAAUGAAUAAUCAUCAUCAACAGAAUAAUAAAGAUCAAUCCAUUUCAUCAUUAUCAUCGCCAGAUUGGGAAACAGCAUUUAAACGUUUAAAAGUAAUGCAUUCAGCAAAUGUUGAUGAUUCGAAUAAUGAUCAUUCAAACAAUCAUCAACACCAUCAUCAUCAUUAUCAUCAUCCACAACAAGAACAAUUAAAUGAAUUGGCCAAAGAUUUUCAUCGUCUUAAAACACCAUUCACUUGAUUAUAAUUGAUAUUCUGGAGUUAUUUAAUUUAUAUUUGAUUGAUUGAAUGAGCAAAAUAAAAGUUUUUGUUUUUA